UCCCACGAAGAGCGAUGGUGGAAGAUCCGAAACCUUAUCAGUUGUGUGGACGAGAGGAAGGGGCAGCCACACAUGCUCACAAGCUGAGUCGGUUGCUCUCACGUAAUAAGGAGCUCACAAUAAAACACUCGGAAGACGAAGGAGAUAACGGAAACCCCUUCCACCCUUUUCCCAAUCAGAACAUGCACAGGAGAUAGAAGGAAAAGACCUCGCUAUUUUUUCAUGGGUGUCGUCCAAAUUUCAGUGUUUACGCAAACUGUCUCCUGAACACGUGUCUUGCUCGCCGUAGGAUUCAUCCAAUUUCAUUAAGUCAUUCCUGGGGAGCCCCAAAGAAGUCAGAGAGAAAAGAAAUCCAGGAAACGAAGAAGAGAAAAUUGCUGUUUGUUCAGAGUAGUCGAGGUUCUUUUUGGUGGCGAUUUUCAUCAUACAAUGUAUUCAUUCUCCUUUUCAAGUUGAUAUUUCUUGGUUAUGCCUUAAUAUUUCUUGUGCACUUCAAUUAUGGCUUCUCUUGCAUCUCUGGCGACUUUGGGGAGUGCAAGAGUCAAUUCUUCAACGAGCUUCGAGUCUUCUGCUCAACUGAGUGUUCCCCUUGUGAGAAGUCUUCCAUCAAAUUCCAAACCUCGAAGGUGGUCUCACUUCCUUUCCUGUAAAUAUGUUGUUACUACCGACUUCAUUACCGAGAAAGGGGAUUUCGUUUCCCAUGACCCUAACUUUAGGAAUAGCAAGGAAGAGGAUGCGGAUUUUGUGCUAAACCCCUUACCGAAGCCCACCUUGAAAACUCGACCAAGCAUCGAGCCUGUCAGGAAGCCGAUGCCCAGGAAUUCGGCGCCAAGAAGUAACGGAUAUGAGCUCCCCAAUGGGAAGUCAGGCGAAUUGGAUGAUAAGAAUAAGGUGAUUGAGUCGCUUGACGACGUCUUAGAGAAGGCUGAGCGGCUAGAGAGUAUGAGCAAAUCUGACACGGCUGUAAAUGCAAGGAAUGGCAGUCGAUCAUCAGGUUCUAAUAAUCCUAGAGAAGCUAAGGCAUCAAAUUCUAGCUCUAUCAGGAAGUCAAAGACGCUGAAGAGCGUGUGGAGGAAAGGGAAUCCAGUCGCAAGCGUUCAAAAGGUGGUUGAUUUUCCCACGUCCAUGGUUGAGAAAGCGCAAAGAAAAGUUGAUCUCAGCCAAGACAACUCGAAGGUCGACAUUGCCGAGAAGAGAAAGAGCAGCAAUAUUGCCUCAAAAGCUCAUCCCACCUUACAGGCUAAACCGCCUGCUAGGCCAGUUCCUGAAAUUAAGAGGCCUGUAAUUCUCAAGGAUGUGGGCGCCGUUCGGGGACCAGCUACUACUAAGGAAGAAACAGGCAGUUCUGUGCAAGUUAAAGAUCGGAAGCCAAUUUUGGUCGACAAGUUCGCUAAGAAGCCAGGUGCUGAUCCUCUUAUAUCACAAGUUAUUUUACCACCUCCGAAGCCAGCCAGAGGCCCAGCUCAAUCAAAAGGCAAAGAUGAGCGAAGGAAGAAAUCUGGAGAAGUUGGUGCUCCAAGGAGGCGAAUGGUCUUCGGUGGUGGCGAUGAGGAUAUAGUGGACGAUGACACAAAUGAGAUUGAUAUGUCGGUCAGUGGAGCAUCAACAGCGAGGAAAGGGAGGAAAUGGAGUAAAGCGAGCCGGAAGGCAGCUCGACUACAGGCUGCUAAAGCGGCAGCCCCGGUCAAAGUAGACAUUCUUGAGGUUGGAGACGAAGGAAUGACGACAGAGGAUUUAGCUUACAAACUAGCAGUUAGUGAAACCGAGAUCCUUGGCUAUCUAUUUUCGAAAGGAAUCAAGGUUCCAGUGAUGCAUACAUUGGACAAAGACAUGGUAAAGAUGAUUUGCAAAGAGUACGAUGUAGAAGUCAUAGAGGCAGAUCCUGUAAAAGUGGAAGAUAUGGCUCAAAAGAAGGAAAUGCUCGAUGAAGAAGAUUUGGAGAAUCUUGAAGCUAGACCACCUGUGCUGACUAUCAUGGGACAUGUAGAUCAUGGAAAGACAACUCUAUUGGAUCGCAUUCGAAAAAGCAGGGUGACUGAAUCUGAGGCAGGUGGGAUUACCCAAGGGAUUGGAGCUUAUAAAGUGCUUGUUCCAGUAGAUGGGAAGCUUCAGUCUUGCGUUGUACUUGACACACCAGGGCAUGAGGCAUUUAGUGCAAUGAGAGCACGUGGAACAAGGGUAACUGAUAUUGCUAUUAUUGUGGUGGCUGCUGAUGAUGGGGUUCGUCCUCAAACUACUGAAGCUAUAGCUCAUGCUAAAGCUGCAGGGGUUCCCAUUAUUAUAGCAAUAAAUAAGAUUGAUAAAGAUGGGGCGAACCCGGACAAGGUCAUGCAAGAACUUUCUUCUAUUGGUUUAAUGCCUGAGGACUGGGGUGGUGAUACACCAUUCGUUCAGAUAAGUGCUCUUAAAGGUCAGAACAUUGAGGAAUUAUUGGAAAACGUCAUGCUUAUUGCAGAGUUUCAAGAGUUGAGGGCAAACCCUCAUAGAAAUGCAAAAGGCACAGUGAUAGAAGCAGGCUUGCACAAAUCAAAAGGACCUGUUGCAACAUUUAUUGUCCAGAAUGGCACCCUUAGAAGGGGAGAUGUUGUACAGUGUGGUGAAUCCUUUGGAAAGGUUAGGGCUUUGUUUGAUGACAUUGGGAAUCGUGUGGAUGAAGCUGGGCCAUCUAUGGCUGUUCAGGUUAUUGGACUGAACAGCGUGCCAAUUGCUGGCAAUGAAUUUGAAUCUGUUGACUCGCUUGACAUUGCUCGUGAAAGGGCAGAAGCAUGUGCUGAGUCACUACGGAAUGAAAGAAUGUCUACUAAGGCUGGUGAUGGAAAAGUGACUCUUGCUUCCCUUGCAUCUGCUGUGUCAUCUGGCAAGCAAACUGGCCUAGAUAUGCACCAAUUAAAUAUAAUCAUGAAGGUUGAUGUGCAGGGAUCUAUUGAGGCCAUCAAGCAAGCUCUUCAAGUUCUUCCACGGGAUAAUGUUACUUUGAAGUUCCUAUUGCAGGCAGUUGGCGAUGUCAGCAUUAGUGAUGUAGAUCUCAGUGUUGCUAGCAAAGCCAUUAUACUAGGAUUCAAUGUCGGAGUUUCGGGUUCUGUAAAGAAAUAUGCAGAAGGUAAAGGUGUUGAAGUGCGAAUAUACAAAAUUAUCUAUGAGCUUAUUGAUGACAUUCGAAAUGCAAUGGAAGGACUUCUGGAUUUUGUUGAGGAACAAAUACCAAUAGGAUCUGCUGAUGUCAGAGCCGUAUUUAGCAGUGGUAGUGGGCGGGUUGCUGGAUGUAUGGUGACAGAAGGAAAAGUAGUGAAAGGUUGUGGUGUUCAAAUUACUCGAAAUGGUAAAACUGUCCACACUGGUGUACUUGAAUCUUUGAGGAGAGUAAAGGAAAUGGUUAAAGAGGUGAGUUCGGGAUUGGAGUGUGGCAUCGGUGUGGAAGAUUUUCUUGAUUGGGAAGUUGGUGACAGAAUUGAGGCAUUCAACGUUGUGCAGAAGCGACGAACCCUUGAAGAGGCAUCAGCUUCUGUUACUGCUGCAUUGGCUGACGCAGGAAUUGGUUUUUAAGAUACGAAAGACUAUUUGCCUGUUGCAUAUCAAAUUUACUUGACGCGUGUGUUUCUGCAUCACUGGCUGAUGAAAGUGGAGGAAUUAAUUCUCCGCCAGUUUGGGUUGGCUUGGUUUUGACCUAUCAAGUUCAUUUUGCUUCCGAACUUGCGCCAAGUUGUAUGCUGAUGUAUAUAAUUCUUAGAUAUCGGCAUUUGUAAAGGUUUAUUCAUUUCAACGUUCGAAAAUUCAGUGGCUAUCGUAUUGUAAUUGUUGAAUUAUUUAAGUAGUAUUGUUUCUGAUGCAAGAUAACGUCUCACCAACAUGGAGAUACCUGUAUCUAUAUGGUCUCAAUUUGAGAGUUGAUUGUUGAGGUUCUUUUUUUC